AUGCUGGGACUGGGAUCAACCAGUAUUUAUGGGCCGACCAUAGAGAGUGCGCCUUCAACUUUUAGCGAAGAAGAACGCUACGAUUACGAUGAUCAGGAGACCGAUGAGAACGAUGAAGGUGGAAUUUCCAUAGGGCGUCUGAGAGUUGAACAGGGAUUUAGUUUCAGAUCCUUUAUUGAUCAUAUAAAUGCUAAGACCAAAGCUUUGGCUAUGGCACGAGAGUUGGAUACGAAACGGGGCACUUUACACAAUGACGUUACGAUGAGUGCGGGGUCGAUCGAUAGUGAGAAUAGUACAUCUACCGAUGCUACGAACGAGAAGACCAAUGGCUCGAAUCGCAGAAUUCCGUCUGGUGCUCGUGCUCGUACUCAUACCUCGGUGAGCGAACCAAAUUUGCGGGUUUCAACACCUGUUAAGGGUGUACGCGCCAACAACGGCAACGUCGCAGAGUCUCAAAAUAACACAAUCAGCGAUCUGUUGAUUCAGUCAACCCCCUUGAUCUCAGAUAAAAAUAAUACUUCUUUGAGAAAUCAACAGCCCAAAGAUUUGCUGCGUGGUAAGCUUAUAGAAAAUUGCAACGUACAGAACGGAGACACUGACGAAACGCGGUUAAGCCACCACGCGGAUCAGCAUCUUGAAAGCGAAAUACAAAUGCUAAGGAAAGAACUGAAGCGGCACGAAAACAUUCUUACCGACAAACAACGUGAAGUGGACAGGCUUAAUGCGGUUUUGGUCGAAAGAGAUGAAGAGUUGGCCAAUGUGAAGGAUGCAAGAGAUCAGGAAAAGCAUAAUUUUACAAUGCUGAAUAAAGAUUUCGAGAGUUUGAAAACGGUUACUUCCGCAAAUGAACGCGAGAAAAACGAAGAGAUUUUCCAGGUUGUGAACGAGAAUGAAGAUUUGAAAGCAAAGUUACAGGAAAACUCGGCAGGCAAACAAGAAAUCACCAAACUCGAAUCACUUGUCGCGAAAAAUCGGCUUCAAAUUGAGGCGCUCCAAAAGGAAGCUCGAGAUCGACUCGCAGAACAUGAACUUAAGCUUGAUGAGGCAAGUUCCGCCUUGUCCGACUCUCGGGAUUCUGUGCGUGUUCUUCAAGAACAAGUCGCUGCACUCCGCUCAGAAAACGCAAAUAAGGAUAACAUAAUUGAAAAGUUAUCUGCGGACAUUUCAUCAAAAGAGGAAACCUCCAAAGAAAUUUCCCGGAGUAGAGAUGCCCUCAAAGAUCGCACCUCGGAAUUGGAGCAACAAUUAGAUAAAACGAGCAAGCUUCUAAGUGAUCUCACCUCACAGAAGCACUAUUCUGAACAAGAGAAUCUUUUACUGUCGGAGCAGCUGGGCAAGAGAUCUGAACUGAUUGAUAGCUUAGAAGAAGAGAUCAGAAGUAUGUCAGAAACCUACAAGGCUCUUAAAGGUCAAUCUGACAAUGAGAGGGAAAAAUUAACAUCAAAGCUGACAGUUGCGCAGCUUCAAAUCUCGAAUUUAGAAAGUCAGAUAAAACACAAUCAGACAGAACAUAGCGAGGUCCUUUCCCGUUCAGAGCUUCUGGAAGCUCAAAAAACUGGUCUCGAGAGUCUGCGGUGCGGACUUCAAGAGACAAAUGAGCAUCUUCAAAAUAUCGUCGAGAACUUGGCGCAAAACUCCAAGAAACAGUUGGAAGCCGUCAACCGCUUGGGAUUAGAGACACAUGACAGGUGGGAAAAAGACACCAAAACGUUUGACGAUAUGCGGUGUGAAGCAACUGAAAAGCAAAAGGAAUUGGUAGUUGUGACUGAAAAAUUACAAGUCGCUGAAUCUCAUCUGCGGCACGCAAAACAGGCUCAAUCGGAUUUGGAAAGCUAUUUAAAACAGGUGAAACUGUUUGGUAUAAAUCUCGGAGAAUCGAUAUGGGAGCUGUUUACAACUAAAAACUAUGAGAGCGGGCUGGAUUCCAUUUUCAUGGUAAAUUUUCCUGAUUUGGUGGCCUUCCGCAGUGCUGAUGAAGUGAAGCAGAGCGAUGCUAUUCGAGAAUUAAGAUCUGCUAACGUCAUCGAAAUUAACAAUUUCAAAAGCAUUAUAGAAGAGAAAUUAAAACCAAGAAUCGCGGAACUUGAAACUAGCAAUAGCGAGUUAAAGGCACAAUAUGAGCAGGCUCAAGAAGCUGUCUUGGCGAAAGCGGCCGAAGCGAAAGACUUGCAGAGCAGAGUUCUUUCGCUCAUGAGUGACAAAGAAGCUGAUAUUCAAUACAGAACAACUUUGAGCAAGGAAGUAGAAGAGUGCAGGACUCGAAUUUUGGCGAAUAAAGAAGAGCAUUCUAUCAAACUUGUCGAAAUCACUAAAACACUUAGUGGAGAAGUGAAUUCUCUAAGCGAUGAAAUAAAAACCAAGAACGCCGAACUUCUAAAUAAGCAAAUUGAACUUGAUGAACAAAUCGGAGUUUGCAAGGAGCUCGAAGAGAAGCUCGUGCUUGCUAAUCAGAACCUGGAUAGGACACUUGGUGACCAAAGUAAAGUUAUCGAUUUCAAAAUGGCUAGUCGCACCAGACCUCAUCUGUCUCGCAAAUUAUACGAUAGCUUAAUGUUAGACGCGGUCAACGACCUGAAUCUGGUGGAGGUGCAGAACAUUUUGAAAAAUAUCAUCAUUUUGUUGGAGACUCCUCUGUCAAAGCUCACCAAGAAAAUGCCGCUGGUCAGCAUCUAUUUGAGGUACGAGAGAACCAUAUGCCUGCACUUUGCCAACAAAUUGCACUUUUUGAUAUUCAACGAAACAAUCAACAUCAAACGUUACACGAAUAUCGCAUAUGCUCAGUACAACGAAGAUCAUGAUAUUUGCCAUAUCCAGCACCCGCUGGAAGCCUGCUUGGAGGAUCUUUACGCUGAGUUGUGCUCGCGAUUAUCGAUUUCGUCACACACGAUUUGA